AUGGUCCUGUCCUCCUGGAGCGCGCUCUUUGGCAUGCCAGUGCUGAAGCAGCUGGGCCCCUCGCAGCCCAAGAAGCGGCCAGAUCGCGGUGCCCUUUCCAUCUCGGCGCCUCUGGGCGACUUCCGGCACACGCUGCACCGGUCGGGCUGGCGGAGUACUGUGGCCCAGGGAGCCUCAGCCUCCAGGCCUUGCACGUCUCCGGUGGACCUCGACCGGGCGGAGCCUUUUACAACUAGGGGUGUAGUAUCCGUUGGGGAGGCCAUCUUUCCCCCUAAGGGGGGCGGCGGCUGCGGGGGAGGUCCGGGCUGCUCCCCAGAGCUCGCGGGACCGAGACGGCCUCACUGGAAACGGAGGUUCCGUUCCCCGCGCUGGGAAAGGGCGCAGCCGGGAGGCCUCAGCACUCCACCGGGCCCGGAGGGGGCCGGAGUCCAGGCGAGCGCCCAGGGCGUGUUUCCCGGGGCGGGGCCUGAGCGCGGGCCGCUGACGUCACAGGACGCGCACGAUGGCGAGGACGCGCACGAUGGUGAGGACGCGCAUGGAGCCGGGUUCUAUACGAGGACACAGGUGGUGCUGAGAGAGGAGGCCCUGGCUGCCCACGCGGAAGGGUGCGCCAAGCCAGCCUGGACAGGGUGUCAGGAGGAGCCCAGCGAGCUCGAGGAGGCCAAACCGAGUGGGCAGGGCAGGGCCGUCCAUUGGGGAACACCGACCCGUAGAGGGCACCUGGCAGGAGACGCCGAGGAUGCACUGAAGCCAGCAGCGGCCGCCAGGACCACACAGCUGUCGGGCAAGGGCGCGCAGGUCCCGGCGGCCCCAGGUCAGCCCACUGAGGCAGUCGCGGAGUGGGGCACUGAGACCUGGCCUGAGGAAGAAAGGGCCGCCCCUGUGGCCCCUCGCCAACCCCGCCCCACGCACUUUGUGGCCCUCAUGGUGACCGAGCCUGGCCUACAAGCAGAGGUGGCCAAGGCCCAAGAACACCUGGUCCGAGUCGCCCCGUCCUGUGCUGCGUUCCUGGUGCCCACAGAGACCCUGCAUCUCACACUGGCCCUGCUGCGACUGGCGGGCCCCGGGGAGGAAGCAGCUGCGGUUGGGGCUCUGAGACGGGCUCUCUUGGCCCCUGGACUUCAAGCACCCACAGAACUGAGGUUUAGGGACCUGGUACUCCUGGGCCACCAUGUACUUUGUGCCCCACCCUCCCCCACACUGGAAAGCAUGGCACGAGUUCUUGGCCAGAGGCUGGAGGCUGAGGGGCUGAGAGUGCUACAGUCCCCAGGGGGGUUGCAACCCCACCUCACCCUGGCCAAGGUGCCCCACGGUUCCCAAGACCACCUCCUCAAGCCUGGGUUCUGUCUGAGCCAGGAGGCAGGUAGCCAGCCCUUGGGGAAAGUCUGGCUGUGCCGUAUGGGAAGGGCAGGGGGCACCUACCAGCCCUUGGCUGAGAUCCCCCUGGGGUGACCUUCCCAGACCUCUGGAGAAGACAAAUUGGAUCCAAACCACCUGAGGAGACACACUGGCCAAGCAGGAAGGACAAAACAGGAACGCAACACGCUCUCUCUCUCUCUAAUUUUGGUUUCUCUCAAGCUUCCAAAUGAUGCUUAGUGCUCCAAGGAAAGAAUGAAGGAAGGAAAGGGAGGAGAGGGGGGGAAGGGGAGGCAGAGGAGGAACAUCUGGAAAAAAAGCAGCCUGACAGUCCAGCUGUUUGCAAACUCAUAGCACAUCCUCCAGUUACAUGGCAGAAGAGGGAGGGAGGACCAAAAAGAAAAGGGGAGGAAGAAGAAAAA